AUGUCGAGAGUCAGAUCAGAAAGAUGCCUAGUUCAAAGGUCCGCACGCCAACUCAUCGUGAGCGACCAAGCGCCAAGACGCACCGUCAACUGUGGCCCUGGAGCUUCGCGCCUGAGUAGUGGCCGCGUGGUCAGCAUCGAAAGGUUCACCAGCCUAGCUACCACGCAAGAUUCCGGAUCCUACCGAUUCAACAUGCGCGGCAAUGUUUUCAUGAAGAAAGCCAUGGCAGAAACGUUGAUCGAGGCUUUUGCCGACCGUCAACUUGAGAGCGCAAGGCGGGCCAAGGAGCUGGAUCAGGAAGUACAGUCCGCCAUUCGACCUCAUCAGCAGGCGUCUGUCCUCACUGCUGCCGAGCGAAAAGAUUGGGGCAAAUCCUUAAGCUUGAGAACACGCGUCGACUCUCGCUAG